GGGCCACUAGAUACACUGAACACAGAUGGCUUGACGACGGCCCUGGUUACAUCUGCUUUUCUCUGCGAUUUUCUACCACAUUAUCUAUGAGUUUCCUCCGUCGCCGUGUCGAUUUCUCUUCAGCAAAUGUAGGAGGUGGUUUUUAAGUUAUCACGCGUUAUUUUAAAGUGGGUGUAGAGGGUGUUUUAAACGCCAACAACAGUGAAGGUGUACUUAACACUUGUGCAACAUGGCUGCUGCAGGAACAGGCAGUUAGAAAAGUUUGACACUGACGUGGGGAGAAGUUUUAUGUGAAUAGCUAGUUGGUACACGAGAUAUUAAAGUCGUCAGCAGUCUCCACCGCUUUUCCCCGGACUACAAACCAGUGGAUAAACCGUGUGAGAGCCUCCUCCUCCUCUGUAGACAGUCACUGCAGUGGACUUUGUGUGAGGAAACUGUCUUCUUCUCCAUCGUAAAACCUUUGGUGGCGUUCAAGGACUUGUGUCGUCGAGCUAUUAAAAUGCAUUUUUCCAUACCCGAAACGGAGGUUCGUUCGGGAGAAAAUGGAUCAACCUAUGUGGCCUACAACAUCCACGUCAAUGGCGUGCUGCACUGUCGGGUACGCUACAGUCAACUUCUUGGCCUCCAUGAACAGAUAAAGAAAGAAUAUGGCAGCAACGUGGUGCCUGCGUUUCCUCCAAAGAAGAUCUUCACUCUGACUCCUGCUGAGGUCGAACAGAGACGAGAGCAGCUGGAGAAAUACAUGCAGGCUGUGCGUCAGGAUCCCUUGCUUGGAGCCAGUGAAAUGUUCAAUAGCUUCUUAAGGAAAGCACAGCAGGAGACGCAGCAGAUUCCCACAGAAGAAGUCGCUCUAGACAUCUGCCUCUCCAACGGUCAGAAGGUUACUGUCAACAUACUGACUUCAGAUCAGACGGAGGACGUCCUUGAUGCUGUUGCAACAAAGCUUGACCUUCCAGACGACCUUGUUGGUUACUUCAGUCUCUUCCUCGUCCGCGAAGGUGUGGACGGAGGGUUAACAUUUGUGCGGAAGCUGCAGGAGUUUGAGCUGCCGUAUGUAUCCAUUACCAGCUUGCGGAGCUCUGAAUUUCACAUACUCCUACGGAAAAGCUACUGGGACAUGGCGUACGACGGUGAUGUCAUGGAGAACAGAGUUGGCCUGAACUUGCUAUACGCCCAGACAGUGUCUGACAUUGAGCGAGGCUGGAUACUCGUCAACAAAGACCAGCACCGGCAGCUCAAAUCACUGCAGGAGAAAGGCUCCAAGAAAGAAUUCAUCCAUCUAGGUCAGACUCUCAAAUAUUACGGCUACAUCAAGUUUGACCCUUGUAUCACCGACUUCCCCGAGAAGGGCUGCCAAGUCAUCGUCAGCGCCGGCAACAACGAGCUCAACUUCCACGUCAAGCUGCCCAACGAGCAGAUGAAGGAGGGAAGCUUCAAGGUCACGCGCAUGAGGUGUUGGCGAGUCACGUCUUCUCAAGUCCCGAUAGCCAACGGCACCACCACUCCCUGCAGCUCGUCCAAAUGCGAGGUCAAAUUGGAGCUGGCCUUCGAGUAUCUGAUGAGCAAGGACCGCCUCCAGUGGGUCACCAUCACCAGUCAACAGGCUAUCAUGAUGAGUAUCUGCCUUCAGUCUAUGGUGGACGAACUAAUGGUGAAGAAGUCAGGCGGCAGCAUUAAGAAGAUGCUGAGGAAACGACACAACGGCUCCAUCCACCGGUCAGACAGUCAGCAAGCUGUGAAAUCUCCCCCUCUACUGGACUCUCCUGACCCGAACCGUGAACAAAUCGUCAAACUCUCGACCAAGCUGAGCUCGGUGUCCCUCCGAGGAAUCAGCGCCUCCAACUCAGCAAACGAUAUCAGCGGCAACGAUUUCCAUGGCAACUACGCUUUCGAGGGAAUCGGGGAUGACGACCUGUAACCCCUGAUUCGCCUCUUCAUUCCACUGUCAGCGACUGGGACGACAAAGAUUACAAGCUGAGCUGAGCCGAGCCGAGCGGGCCACACACACGCCUCCGAUUCUGCAAGAUUGUAGCUUCUUCCUGGAGAAAUCGCUGCCUUAAAGCUCUCAUUUUAAUCUUGUCCUUUUUCUUUUAAAAGCUCAUCUUUGAUUUGUAUUUUAGUUACAAUCAUCAUAUUCAAUUGUCCCUUUUGUUAUUAAACUUGUGGCAACACACGAUAAAUCGCAUGUAAAGCUACAGGUACACCAAUAGGGAUGCUUUUUUUUUUUUUUUUAUGUUACUGAUUCCUACUUCUGUUUCGUUCACAUGGAUUUCUGUUUCAUCGACAGUACAUGUGAAGCUUUUUAAUGCAGUUAAAUUCAUGAGGUACAAAGUAAAUUAAUAUAUUAUAAACUUACAUGAAGAAAAACCUGCUAGAUUCCUCCCCCUGGUGGCUGCAUGUUCCUUUCCAACCCGAGAGCCAAAUGUUUAGUUAGACCUGGCACUAGUGAUAAUACAGCAGAGCUGGACGUGGAUAGUUCUCAAAAAUGACCCAGAGUCCAGUGAAUGUGUUGAUCUCAAAACUGUAGAUGAUUCAGAGCUUAUAUGGAUGAUCAAUGUUUGGCUUGGCUAUAUACCAAAAUGUCAUGUUUUUAUACUGUUAGUGAUCCUCUGUGUGUGUCAUGCUGCUCAUGUGCCAAGUGGGUAAAUAUCUCAGCAGGAUACCAGCGGUGUUUUCAGCUUGAGGCACAGUCACUCAUAUACUGCCUUCAGAAUUAGUCUGAUGCCUUAACUUUUACUUUUUUCGCCUCGCGGGUCAACUCGUCAUUUAACGUUGGUUGAAGCUUCAGAUAAACGGCAGUGUCAGCCGGUGUUGCCUAGAAUCUUGCAGAACUUGAUCGAUGGUCGAGUUGGCCGAGCUGCUUGCACUCGCUGAACCCAUCAUUUUUGCACAGUAUUACAGGUGGAGAUGAAUGUUGGAUUUGGAAGCUUGAGCAUGACUUUAAAACAUUGUGUGGAGAUUAUUUUUUUUUUCCCAAGGGGCUCUGUAAAUCCAUCUAUGAUUUUUUUUUUUUUUUUUUUUUUUUUUUUUUUUUUAUUAAGAAAAACAAUUUUUUAAAGGUUUCUCAUAAAUGCCAAAUUAUAGUUUACUAAAGCAUUUUGCACAAAAUAAACAUAAAAUUAUGACAAUGUCACUUUUUAUAUUAUGUACAUGCAAUUAAGUAUUCUGAACAUUUACUAAUAUCUUUAUCAUCGAUAGCUUAUUGUAAUCAAAUAGAUCAAAUGUAAUCUAAGCUGUAUAGAACAAAAAGUUGAAAUGGACUAACAUUUAUCAUUGUUUACAUAAUGUUUAGGGGACUUUAUUAGUUAAAGUGUUUACAAAUUGUGCAUCUGAUUUUGUCUUUUUUGGCGAGUGAUGGUGUUGUUGGGAGCAUUCGUUGGGGCUUGAGUUCAUUGUAAUUUGUAUGUACAUUGUGCCAAUCAUCUCAGAGGAUUUAGUCGAAAAAGGUGCUUUGGUGAAGUGGCUAAUGUGAUCACAAUUGCUGGAGUGAAUAAAGUUCAUAAGGAGUAGGCAACAAAAUGAACAUAUCCCGCUGUUUUAUAAGACGUCAUUCCUUUUUUUAUUGCUGUUAAAGCGAAGCCUCUACAUGUAAAUUGAUGCCAACCGAUCAACAGCUUUACUCACUGGUAGCCACAACUGUAAAAAGAAAUCUCAAUAUAAAUGUUCUUUCACUGCUGUGCUGCUUCUCUGUCUUCAGUUGCAUUUACAGUAUGUGGACACCACUAUUCAUUUUUAUUUUCUUCAUUCCUGUCAAUACACGGAAGGUCCGGGAUGUUAAUAAAUGUGUAGGUGCCAAAUUAAAGUGCAUUCAUCAUCAGCAUCACUUUUACAGAAAAUGUACAAAUGUCAUGAUUGCAUUGACUUGAUUCAUUCCACUACUUUUCAUUUUGAUUUUAGUGGUAAAGGUCAGUGACAAACUGUCAUGAAGCUAAAAUAAACUCUGAAAUUAGGUGA